CUGAACAAGACAGAAAAGAGAAUUUUCCAAAAAGAAAAAGUAGAUGGCGACAUCGAAGCUUAAAGCACUCUGGAACCACCCGGCGGGACCUAAAACAAUUCAUUUCUGGGCUCCAACUUUUAAAUGGGAUUUAAGCAUUGCUAACAUUGCUGAUUUCCAGAAACCUCCAGAAAAUAUUUCAUACCUUCAGUAAAUUGCUGUGACAUGUACUGGAAUGAUUUGGUGUCGUUGUAGCACUGUAAUCACUCCUAAAAACUGGAAUUUGUUCAGUGUUAAUGUAGCUAUGGCAGCGACAGGAGUAUACCAACUUUCUCGUAAAAUAAAGUAUGAUUAUGUACCUGAAGGAAAGGCUGCUUGUUUGAACCGAGAACUGUCAACAAACUAG